AUGCGCUGCUACUUUGGCGACUGCGUCCACGAAGCGCUGGAGGGGUCGUGGCGCUGCCACUUUCACCGGCACCGGCUCAAGUGCAGCGUCGCCGAGUGCCGCAACCAAGUGUACGCGCGCGGCCUCUGCGUCCGGCAUGGCGGCAAGCCGCGCUGCCAAGUCGACGCAUGCGACACCAACGCGCGCCAGCGCUGCAUUCGCCACGGCGGCGGCAGCCACUGUCGCGCCGACAACUGCCUCAAGUACGCGCGCACGAACGGCCUCUGCACCCGCCAUAGUCGUGCAGUCAUGACGCUGCCAUGGCAGUCAAAGCCGUUGCCGGCGGAGCCUCUUCCAGCCGUAUCCACGAUGCCGAUGCAGACCGACGACUGGAUAGACUGCGCGAUCCUUGCCGACCUCUGUCACCUUAGUGGCUAA